UUUUAUAGCUUUUUAUAUAUGAAUUGUGUUUUUCAAACAAACACAUGUUCUCAGCAGCAACCUAAAAACAUGCAAUCUAGUUAUCUAGUUAACAUCAAAUACGAAAGUCGAAGGGACUAAAACAACAAAUAAACACAAGGUGAAGUCUAAACCUCUACAUAUAUCGUCAUGUCACAACUAACUAAAGGCAAACUACACUCUCAAUAUCUCAUGACCACAUCCGAAGAAACCACCCACCGCCAGCCCUUCCACAAGUUUUUUGACUGUUGGCUCCGGGAGCUAAAUACCAACCUUGAACAGCUCGUCUCCGCCGCCAACCUCCAUCAUGAUGAUAAUCAUCAUCAUAUCGAAGACGACUCAGGUUCAUUCUCGCUGAUAGAUAAAACUAUAGGACACUACGUGGAGUACUACAAAGCCAAAUCAAACGGCGCAAAAGAAGACGUGCUUUCGAUGUUUAUGGCACCAUGGUUAACAACGCUCGAGGAUUCCUUUCUGUGGAUCGGUGGAUGGCGGCCGACGACGGCAGUCCACCUGCUGUACUCCAAGUCAGGGAUCCAGCUUGAGGCCAGACUCGCAGAACUAGUUCCUGAAUUAAACUGCAUGGAUUUAGGAGACUUGAAUUCGAAUCAGAUGAAAGGAAUCGAUGAAUUACAGAAGAAAAUCAUCCGUGAAGAAAGAGUCAUAUCUGAGAAAAUGGCAAGUGUUCAGGAGUCAGCGGCAGAUACCCCCAUGGUGGAUCUAUCAAACAUGGAAUCAGAGAUGAUAAGAAAUAACGAAGACGAUGGGAGGAAGGAUAGUGAUGAAAAAGUGGAAUCGGAGCUGGAGCGAAAGAAUGAUAAAUUGGUAGAGAUGUUACGCAUGGCAGAUGGUCUGAGAAUGGAGACUUUGAAGUCUGUGGUGGAGAUACUGACGCCGUUACAAGCGGUGUACUUUCUAAUCGCUGCUGCGGAGCUCCACCUCCGGUUACACGAGUGGGGCCAGAAGAAGGACGCGACUUAA